AUGCCCAAAACGACGUUUAAAGAAAAGAAUACCCGAGAGGAGAAGGUUGCUGAGAAAGAUGAGACCGAAAAGAAGCUGGAGAGUCUUCUCUUUGGCGAUGGGGAUGAAUUUCAGAGUGCUUUAAAGUCUGGAAAAAAUUUAAACCAACUAGCGCUCACAAAUAUCUCUGAUGAGAGCGCAGAUGAAGCCGAGGGAGAUCAAGAAGAGGAAAACCUGGAGGAUGUUGCCGACGCCGAUCUCUUUUUCCUUGACUCUGGCGCCGACCCGGUAUCUACGGAGCUUGAACUUCCAACCAUACCAGUUGAACCUGAGAACGAAGACGAUGAAUUAGAUGGACUCCCUGCAGUGUGGCACGAUAGCGAUGAUGAGCACAUCACAGUCUCGCUGGCUGGCAAUAACAGAUUGAGGAAAUUGCGCGUUGCUGAAUCGGAGGAUAUAAUCAACGGGAAGGAGUACAUCCGGCGACUACGCAGGCAGUAUCUGCAAUUACAUCCCACGCCCGACUGGGCGAACCCGACACUAAACAAGCAGGCAGACGAAGAUGAAGAUUACUUUGACCGCGUGGAAGAUAUGGACACGGAUGAGGAAGAAGGAACAUCGACGCAGCCGCUAGCAAAACUCCUACAGGGUAUUGACUUCACGAAAAACGAAACUGCUGGCCCAACGGGCGGUAGACCAAAAUUGCGAAAAGAAGUUAUUGGUCUUCAACGCUUGAAGGAUAUUGGAAAAGACCAACCAUCUGCCGUCAGCUCCCUCUCAUUCCACCCUCAUCACCCAUUAAUCCUCUCGUCGGGACCAGCAUCAACCCUCUUCCUUCACCACGUUGCUCCCGAUGCGCCUGCCCCCAACCCGCUCCUCACAUCGCUCCACCUCCGCCAAACCCCCAUCAGCACCUCAGCAUUUUCUUUCCCCGAUGGAGGCCAAAUCUACGCUUCUGGCCGCCGCCGCUUCUUCCACAUUUGGGACCUCAACUCUGGCAAAGUUGACAAGAUCAACGGCUCCGCAGACCGCCGUGAGGAACAGAAGUCCAUGGAGCACCUAAAACUAUCCCCUUGCGGACGCUACAUUGGCCUCAUCGGCUCCGUCCGCAAGGGUGGUGGCGUCGUCAACAUCCAUAGCACAACCACCGCACAAUGGAUCGCGCAAGUCCGCGUCGAUGGCCGUGGCGGUGUAGCCGACUUCGCCUGGUGGAGGAACGGCGAGGGCCUAACGGCCGUCAACCUUAACGGCGAGGUCUCUGAAUGGGACGCCCAGCUAAACCGCAUCGUCGCACGAUGGAAGGACGCUGGUGGUGUAGGAACGACCAUCCUCCGCCUCGGCGGCAGCACUGAGCAAUCAGCCCUAGGAGGCGACCGCUGGGUAGCCAUCGGCAGUAACUCCGGUAUCGUCAACAUCUACGACCGCUCCAAGUGGGCGAAUACAUACGCCUCUCUCCUUUCCGCAAAUGGGGAUACUUCAACCGCAAUUCCUCGAAGCCCGGAACCAACCCGUGCACUUGACCAGCUCGUUACGUCCAUAAGCCAUAUCCAAUUCGCGCCGGAUGGUCAAUUCCUCGCCAUGGCGAGCGAAACUAAGAAAGACGCCUUGCGACUUGUGCAUCUUCCUAGCUGUACCGUGUACCGGAAUUGGCCGACACAGAGCACGCCGUUGGGGCGGGUCACGUCUGUGGCUAUUUCACCAAAUUCGGAGUAUCUGGCUAUUGGCAACGACCGAGGGCGAAUUCGGUUGUGGCAGAUCCAGGAGUAG